UAAAAUUGGAGGUCGAAUCCGCCCCUCCGCCCUUCCGCUCUCGAUGUCUUUCGAACUCAACUCUCGUUGUCUGAAGAACUCAGGGUUUUGAGCCAGAGAGGAAAUCACGGAUGACAGAUCUCUCUCCCUGAAACAACAAUUUAAUUUUAAGUGCUCGUUUGCUUCCGUUUGUUUGUUGGCUCCAAGGACUAGCCGAGCAGCCCAUGCUAUUGUGUAGUAGUGCUAUUACAUGGAGAAGUGAUUAAGGGACCACUGAGGUUUUGCAAAACAAUACUUAUUACUGAAACUGGACAAGGAUUUUUUUUUGGUGUUUGAGAAUAAUCAUGACUGAUGAUAAGGCAGAGGAUAAGCAAGAAAUUGCACAAGAUGCCCCUGAUGCUGUUACUGAUAUUCAUGCAGCAAACAAUGUACUUGCUGAAAACAAGGACAUAGUAGACAACAAGACAUUAUCUAAUUUAUCUCACAUAGAUGCUACAGAAUUUCCCAACAAAAUAAUCUCUUCAUCUGAGGAUGCAAACACUUGUAUGGAAAGUGAGAACCCUGAGAUUUUCCAUCCUGAUGCUAAGAGUGGUGAGGUUCCCACCAUUGAGGGCAAAGGGUUCAUCCAACCUCAUUGUCAUUCUGAUGACAAAAUUGCAACCUACACUACUGAUAUUGAUCCCUGUGAUCGGCCUGACUACAUGGGGAAAGACAGCUCCUCACAAGUAAGUGAAGAGGAUGAAAUGUCUGAAGAAUUGAAAAAUUCAGUGUCUGGAGUGGAAUUAUCUUCUGGUAAUGGAACUGAGGUAAGGGGUUUGAUUGAUGAGUUGCCCAGGGAUGGGCCUGUUCCAAAGGAGUCAUCUACUGUAAAUGGCAGCAGGGAAGAUGAAGUGAAAAGUGAAGCAAAAAAGGAGUUGUUGCCUACUGAAGAAGCAAAGCAGGAAUAUGCAGAUGCAUUGAAUGUCAAAGAAGUGCUACCAACUAGUCAGGUGAAUACAGGAUUGCCAAAGCCAGACAUGGAUGUUGGCCAUGAUUCUAAUAUGAACCUUACUCCAAAGUCAUUCCUGCUGGAUACAAAUGCUGUGGGAGUAGAUGAGUCUGGAACAGAGGAAGAACAAGCAGCAUUUAUGAAAGAACUGGAAACCUUCCAUAAAGAAAGGUGCUUGGAAUUCAAGCCCCCACGGUUCUAUGGAGAGCCAUUGAAUUGCCUCAAGCUAUGGAGAGCAGUGAUCAGACUUGGUGGCUAUGAACAGGUGACAUCAUGCAAGCUAUGGCGGCAAGUAGGAGAAUCAUUUAAGCCUCCAAAGACAUGUACUACUGUCUCUUGGACAUUCCGGUGUUUCUAUGAAAAGGCACUGUUGGAAUAUGAAAAGUACAAGAUGCGCAGCGGUGAGCUUCCUUUUGCUGACGCAUCUUUUUCAGAGCCUUCUAGUACUGGUAACCCGGGUAAUCAAGCAUCAGGAUCAGGUAGAGCAAGAAGAGAUGCUGCAGCACGUGCUAUGCAAGGUUGGCAUUCUCAACGCCUUCUUGGAAAUGGUGAGGUUGGAGAUCCUAUCAUUAAGGACAAGAACCCAAUUUCAACACCAAAACGCGAGAAACAACUCAAGAGUAUUGGCUUGCUAAAGCGCAAAAAGCUGUCUCCUGUUGAUAAUGUUGCAAAAGCCACGCGCCUGAAAAUACCUAAAAUACAGUCAGAAUCAAUGGUUGCUGAUAUUGGGGCUCCUGCUGACUGGGUGAAGGUCAAUGUACAGAGAACUAAUGACUGCUUUGAAGUAUAUGCUUUAGUACCUGGCCUUUUGCGUGAGGAGGUUCGUGUACAGUCUGAUCCAGCAGGACGCCUGGUUAUAUCUGGCCAGCCAGAACAACUGGAUAAUCCCUGGGGUGUCACUCCAUUCAAGAAGGUAGUGAGCUUGCCCUCAAGAAUUGACCCUCACCAGACAUCUGCUGUCGUUACUCUGCAUGGACAGUUAUUUGUACGUGUGCCGUUUGAGCAAUCAGAUAUAUAAACUAGGAAAGCACUUCAUCUUGGAUAGUGAGUUUGACUUUUACAUGGGGAAAAUGGGUACUGAGGUCAAAUUUUGUAUUGCACAAAUUCCUCUUUAGUACAAGACUUGUGAAUUUUCUUAUUGUUCAGGAACUUGUAUGCGGAUGUAGAUUAAUUUCAUACACUUCCUGGUAGUUUAUGAUCAUUAUACCUUUCGGUGUAAAAUAGGACGAUGCAUAUUUUCCCUAGAGUUUAGUUGUGAUAUUGCAUGGCAGUACAUACUAUGUUACCAUUUACCAAGCA